UUGAUAUAAAAUAAAGUUUUCAAAAAUUCCAUAUUUGGUAGUAAGCCCACACCAAUACUAGGUUUUUAUUAGGCGCGUUAUAAAAGAAACCCUAGUACUACGUAGGGAUGGAGGACUUGUGUGUGAGCUUUGUUAGAGAGGAUGUCGGGGAACGAUGCUGCGAGUAGAGCUAAAAUACAGGUGUGGUGGGACAUGAAUGACUGCCCGAUUCCAGAGGGGUAUGAUGCUCGUCGGGUCCGCCAAAGUAUAGAAAGUGCGUUCAACGACUUUGGUCGUGUCUCCAUCACUGCCUAUGGCGACCAAAAACAAACCCCUUGUCACGUCCUGCGAGGGCUCUCUUCCACCGGAAUCGCUGUUGCACAUACCAGAUCCGAAAGCACGCGCUCAGUCAUGUAUCGAGAUAUGGUGGAGUGGCGAGGUCAAAAUCCACCUCCGGCUUCAAUUAUGAUCAUAUCCGAUCAGGUGGAAGGUGACUUGUCCUGGGAUCUGGCCCGGCUACAACAGCGCACUAGUUACUACCUUUAUCUGGCUUAUUCAAAUAAGCCUUGUCACGAUUCAUUCCUGAACCUUUAUGAAAAUUGGCACUGGGAGGAAUUACUAGAAGAAGGAAGAGGCGCACCACUUGUGGCGGCGGGUGGAUUAUCAUCAUCUGCUGCCAUGUUUUAUUGCAAAUCAUGCAAUUUCGAUUGCCAAAGCCUGAAGACAUUCAGGAAGCAUCUCUCGAGUUAUAAGCAUGGUGUGGAAGAGGCUAUAAAACCUCCGGACACACUCUUAUGUGUAACGAAAACUUGGGCAAGGAACUACCCGGCCACACCUGAACACGCCACAGCAAAAAUACAUGUGCUGUGGAACAUGAAAGACUGUCCGAUUCCGGAGGGGUAUGAUGCUCGUCGGGUCCGUCCAAGUAUAGAAAGGGCGUUAAAGGAACUAGGCUACACUGGUCCUGUCUCCAUCACUGCCUUUGGCAACCAAAAACAAACCCCUGAUCACCACCUUCUUGCGCUCUCUUCCACUGGUGUCGUUUUUGCACAUACCCUUCCCUGGGUCUUACACAGUCGCAUGCUUACAAAUUUUGAGGAAUGGGCAGAAGAUAAUCCUCCUCCGGCUUCAAUUAUGAUCAUAUCGGAUGGACUGGCUUCGAGAAAAUCCCAUUCAUCACUUAUUUGCAGUCGACUACAAGAGAGUAACUACAACUGUUUUUUGGCAUAUUCAGUUAGGCCUUUUGAAAUGCCAGCCCUGCUCACUUCUGCAGAGUGGCUCUGGGAUAGCUUACUUGCAGUUUCAGAGACAAAAAGACACAUUCUUCACAAGUGCAGCAGUGGAAGUGAAAUGGUUGUUGCAUCUACCGGUAUGUUUUUUUGCGAUUUGUGCGACUGUCAUUGCAAAAGCCUCGAUGAUUUCAAUAAGCAUCUCUUGAGUAAAGAACAUACACAUGAGGACAACAUAAUGAAUACGCAUUUUCAAUCUUUUAUUCACCGGCAAAGGCAAUUUAAAAUAUCCAAGUACCAUGAUGAGGUAGGAUAUCCUCCCAAGACCAAACGUAUGAGGAAAGCACCCCAAACGGAAGGGUUUUCUCCUAAAACUAGGGAUGUUGUAUAAGGUUGUCCAGCCCCAUUUAGUUUAAGCUCAGCCCUAAGUGAGUCUUAACCCUUUUAGAACCCAUUAUACUUUGUAAAAUAGGGCUCAAUAUAUGUCAUUUUAUAUACUAAUAUACUAGGAUGAGUUCCGCUCCAUGCGCAGAAUGAGAGUUUGAUUUAAAAUUUAUUGUCUUUAACAUUUUGUAUAUA